GAGAGGGAAGCUGGUAAUUCGCCGUAGAUCAGCAAUAUGAGUGGCCGUACAGUUUCUUGAGAAAACACGAACGCGACGAAAUUCCAGAAAAAUUAAUCGCGCGAGUGAGUGACAUCCACCGUGCGCAAAUCGCGAGUUCAGUGUGUGUUAAGUGUACAGUAAAUUAAUUGAGCAACACGUGGAUACGUAAUAUCUUUUUUGGUUAAGUUCCUCCUCUCGGAAGGAUUACAGCCGCCUGCCAUCCGUUUCUUCUUCAUCGGGGGAAACAAGACUUUCGGUCAGCUGGGUUCACUGUCUUAGGUUAAGAUGUCACAUCACAGCGACGACAAUAUGCUCAUAGCCACGACGGACUCCUUCUGGGAGCCUGGCAACUACAAACGCACCACCAAGAGGAUCGAGGACGGUCACAAGCUCUGCGACAGUCUGAUCGCUCUGGUCCAGGAACGCGCCGAGAUCGAGAAGAGCUACGCCAAGGCGCUGAAGAGCUGGUCCAAGAAUUGGAAUGACAAGAUCGAAAAGGGACCCGAAUACGGGACCACGGAGGCUGCCUGGAAGGGCGUCCUGGUUGAGUCUGACAGACUCUGCGACCUCCACCUCAGGGUCAAGGAGAAUCUGUGCAACGAUAUAAUACAGCAGGUGAAGACGUGGCAGAAGGACACUUAUCACAAGUCCAUGAUGACUCUGAAGGAGCGCAAGGAGAUGGAGGACUCGUUCAAGAAGGCUCAGAAACCCUGGGCGAAGCUUCUUCAGAAGGUCGAGAAGGCAAAGUCCGAGUAUCACAACAGCUGCAAGACGGAGAGAACGGCAGCGAAUAUGGAGCGCAACGCGUCUGCGGAUAGUUCGCUCUCACCUGAUCAGAUGGCCCGAGGCUCUGAAAACGUGAAGAAGAUGCAGGACAGAGUGCAGAAGACGAAGGAAGAGGUCCAGAAGGCCAAGGAAAAGUACGAGGCUGCGCUUCAGGAGAUCAAUCAGUACAAUCCAAAGUACAUGGAGGACAUGACCCAGGUCUUUGAGAAGUGUCAGGAAAUGGAGGCGCAGCGAUUACAGUUCUUCAAAGACGUUCUAUUUGGCAUUCACAAGUGCCUAAACAUAUCUCAGGAUCCAGUGCUGCCACAAAUAUACGAGGAGUUCUACCACACGAUCAACAAUGCGGAUCACGAGAAGGACUUGAAAUGGUGGUCGAACAAUCAUGGCGUGAACAUGGCCAUGAAUUGGCCCCAAUUUGAGGAUUACACAGAGGAAUUCCGCGAGAUCACCAAGGGCUCCAAAUCCAAGGAGGCUCUACCAGCCGGAUCGAUCACUCUCAUCAAUCAGCGUCCUGUUGGCGAGGAUCUGCAUGAAUUUCCACCUGUAAAUCACAAGGCGAAGGCAAAAUCCAGCGCCCGUGUAAUAUCAAACGAUGGUAAUCACGGCGAUGCAAAAACCGACACGAUUAGUUCGAGCAAACAAACGUUGGAGAAGAAUAACCACGAAGCCAGCACGGUGAACAGGACUGCGACCAUCACGAAUGGCACUAGUGCGAAGCAGGAAUCGAAUCCCUUCGAGGAGGAGGAAUGGGACGAGGAUGCCGGUGAACCUCUUGUCGAUAAUGGAGAACCAGGUGUUCCUGUGAGGGCACUCUACGAUUACGAGGGCGCUGAAGCUGACGAGUUGAGCUUCAAGCAAGGUGAUAUCUUCGAGAAAUUGGAGGACGAGGACGAGCAAGGCUGGUGUAAAGGAAGAAAAGACGGAAGAGUAGGUCUCUAUCCGGCGAACUAUGUGGACCUGGUGUCGCAGUAAACAUUAACGCGUUGUCGUGCGUUUCACUUAAAAAAAUUUGAAGAAAAAAAAAGCCAAAUUUAUUAUCAACUCUUCGGGAAGAAAAUGAGCCUCGCCCGCCUCUUGUUCAGCAGAUUCACAAAGACAUCCGUCGUGACAGCCACCUUAUGAAACUUCGUGCCGACUGUGAACUAGACAGGGCGAAUCCUUGUAAUAAGCUGGAGAACUUUUUCCGAUAAGGUUAUCUUUCUCUUUCAUUCGAAAGUGUCAAAGGAAACCCUUUUUCAGUAUGAUGCAUGAAUGAUGAUGAGAGGAUGCUAGUGUUUCCGGUUCUUGUUACCCGGUGGCAAAAAGUCGAUGAAAGUGCGCGUUGUAAAUUGUACGACCGAGUGAAAGAUACAAAGAAUAAUAUUUUCCCUUCCUUUCCUCUUUCUCAGUUUUUUCCUUUUUUUUUUGUUUCUUUUUGUAUUUUUACUUUCCCCGACUGACGACGAGUCAACGAAAUUCCAAAAUAUUUUCACAAUUCGCGCUCCUACCUUGUUUCUGCGUCUUCUGAUACUUUAUAUCGUAUAAUGUAUCCAUAGGGCGGCUUAAAAUAAAUUCUUGUAUGCUUUACGCAUACCUUUCUCUUUACGCUUAGGACGCACUUACGAAUCGAUGAGUAUUUUAGGACAGCUAGGUUAGCGGUUAAAUUCAUCGAUUGAAUGUAGAAAACUCCGGGAGAAGAGAAGUACGCGAAGAGAGUAAAAGAAUGGAGGAACGCUGUUAAGGCCGAUUUUAGAUUUUCAAUAAGGGGCCUGUACAGUCCUUGCAUUACUGUAACCCGUCAUUGUUAUUGUUAAGAAUUUCCACCACCCACUCCCUCUCUGCACACGUCCAUGUUUCUUUUUUGAUUUUUUCCUUUCGGCCGAUACGACACGGGUUAUAUUUAAUUUAUUUGUUAUUAAAGAGAAGUACUAUUGCAAUCUAACGUCUAUCUAAGUGGUGUCAUUGUACAUAAUGUUACUGUCGAACGGUGUAGCAAUUAUACAGCGAGUUAAUUACUGUCGUUUAAACGAAAAGCGUAGAAUUCUGAUUAAACGAAGUAUAUUACAUUCAUAAGAAAAAAAAAGAAAAAAAACCAAGAUCGAUCGGAAUGCCAAUCCGUAUAUGGAGAAAUGAAUGUUUCGAGUGCAAACGAAUCGAAAGAAAAAAAUUGGGACCCAAACGAAGAAAAGAAUGGAAAAAAUAUAGCGAAACGCCAAAUCUCCAAUUCUCUAAACGCAUUUCUAAUGGCCAGAUGAUUUUUUGUCAUUCUUGGCCUUAAAAACAUAUAUAUAUACAUACAUAAAUAUAUAAGAGCGUUACGGAAUUCUUUCAUUGUUCCACCAGUGUAUAUAGUUUUGUUUUUCACGCGAGGGCGUUAUGAUUUUGCUCAGCGAGAUAGAAAGGGAGGAAAGAUCAAGUUUAUAAGAGCGUCGCGACGCGAUCCCAUGCUCAUAUGAAUGCGAAACGUCUAAUAAACAUUAAUCCCAGUAGCGUCGUGAUCCUCAGCUGUAUCCUUUAGAAGACUAUUAUAUUAUUUCAGUCUUAAAUUAACGUCGCUCAUUAAAUUCCGUCGAGACACUCGCGUGAAUUGUAUAGUUUAUCCGAAAGAAUUUUCUUACUGCUAACGGUAUACUCGAAGAAAAAGAUGAUUCACUGUAUUAAAAAAAGAAAGAAUUGUUACAACUUUUCGCGAGUACGCGAGUUCGGAAUAUGUUGCGCUGGAAUUUUCAUCGUAGCCAAGAAAAUUGUUCAUUGGCUAUACAAAUUUUUGUAAAAAUCGCAAAAUAUAAAACAAGCUUUUCCUUCCGGGUACGUUGACCGAAUUAUCCGGGCUCUUACUUUUUUUCUUUUAAUCCUCCGUUGAAUUUAUCAACGGACUAAUCAUCAUUUGCCACGUUUAAUCGAGGACCAAAAUAUAACCUAUAGUACAUCUGGAAAAUAUGUAUGAAUUUUUUUUUUUUUUUAAUAUCUGGCUUUCUGACGAUUGCAUUAUUAAUUUAAUAAAAUUACACGCAGAACCCCUCUGCUCCGUUCAGUUAAUAACUGAAGCACCAAAGCGCCGUAGGUUUUCAGUAAUUGCGAAAAAAAAAUAUUAAAAAGAAAUUAAACUAGCAGUUGAGCACAGGAGCCAAAUAUUAGUGAUACAAGAGGUGCGAUUAUGCGAGAGCUAAUGAAGAAAGAUAAUGGGAAAUAAGAAGAGAAAAGAGAGAGAAGAUGGAAGUAUAUCAUGCAAAUGCAUUGGGCAUCGCUGUUCACAAUAUUUAUGUACAUAAAAAAAAAGUGAAGAAAGAAGAAGUAGCUAACGAUAGAAAUUUCGAAACAAAUCUACGAGUGAUUUCUCCUUUCAUUUUGUUUAUUUUUUAAAAAUCACUCUAUUGUAUCUCCCAUCACUUAUUGAAGAGAGAAAAUGAGCGAGGACAGCAGAAAAAUUAAUAUCCGCGAACGAAAAAAAAAAAAAA